UGCGGCUGCGCAGUGCCCUGUGGAUGGCGAUGCUGGUGUCCCGCCGCCUGGUCUCCACCGGGAGCCGCCGAAGUCGUACCCCUGUGCCUGUGGACCCCACAGAGUUUUAUUCGCUUGUCGCUGAAUGUCUAAGGGUCACUGACUGAGGAAUCAUCUUCUAGAGGCUGUAGAAUUGAUUGAGGCUGCCAGUUUCGGAGCCAGUCUCCCUAUUGGGCCAACAUGCUGUUCUCGCUCCGUGAGCUGGUGCAGUGGCUGGGCUUUGCCACCUUUGAAAUGCUGAUGCAUCUCAUGGCAUUCCUGGUGUUCUCCAUUCUCCUCGCUAUAAAGGUGGACUUUGUGCCAUUGCUGGCCUGGUGGUAUGUCUUCAUCCCCCUGUUCACAGCCGACGGCCUCAGCACCUAUUUCACCAUGAUCGUGUCCAUCCGCCUGUUCCAGGAUGGAGAGAAGCGUCUGGCAGUGAUGCGUCUCUUUUGGAUCUUGACUGUCCUCAGUCUGAAGUUUGUCUUUGAGAUGUUACUGUGUCAGAAGCUGGUGGAUCCAAGUCCGCAGCUAUGGUAUGGACUCAUCAUGUCACCAAUCUUCAUCCUCCUCCAGCUGUUGAUGAUUAGAGCUUGCAGAGUCAACUGAUCGUUUUAACAAGUUCAACGCACACUUUCCAUUCAGCUGACGGACUGCCAAGCACUAAAGCCUCCUUGGACAACCUUAGAGGGAGAUUUUGGAUUAAACAGACAUUUUGUCUUGGUGCUGUCCUGAAGUGCUGCUUUAUAAUGGAGUGGCUUUCUUUACGCAAUGCAAGCUGACUGCUGUUUUUUCUGGACCCUGUUACUGGACUUAAAGCACGAAAAUGCGAAGUACUCAGGAAGAGAAUGAAGCUGGCAGGACAGAGGAUUUUGUAUAUGUUUCUAACAUUCAAACAGCUCCCAUGGCAGCAACCAGCCUCUUGACCAGCUAUUGCUCCAUCUUGCUCUGCAGUUACGAAGAGAAGAGGGAAAGGAAGAAUGCAGUAAUACAACAGAACUGUAAAGUGUUCCCUAUGUGUUUUCCCAGCUGGAGUUAGUUACGAUUGCGUUAGGUAAAAGUUCGCAGCCAAGAGGCUGUGCCAGGGGUUUACUUGCACUAUUAAUAGGGAUGGGAUGUCAUGAUAUAUUUUUAGGUGGUAAAUUUUUUAACAAAGUAUGUUGAUCUUGUGGCAUUAUGUGAGUCCUGCCAUUUUCAGGGAAAUCAUCCUUGUGGUUCAGGGAAAAAAGGCCUUGUUGUAACUGUUCACUUCCAAUGAUUAAGAUAAGCAAAAGUCAGCUUUUCAGAAAGCGCUGUUAGUAAUAUUUGGACCCCGAUCACUGCUUUUUGACCACAUGUGACACUGAUUAGGGAUAUUGAAGGGGGCAGUCUUUGUUGGUUAGGCUCCAGGAGUUGGCUCUUGCCAACCUGCGCCUAAUACUGUCCAGGAUUAGGUAAGCAGGAUGUGUUAUUACAGGGAGAGAGUGCGCAUUCAAUUCCAACAAUCUAUCUCUGAAAUUUCCAUAUGUAGGUGGGAUGCAUGGAAUUCUCAGUUUGGUUAGGAUACUCGUAAGCACGGUGAUGGGUUUUCGCAUGUGUCAGACAGCCAGCUGACCCCCCAAAAAAAUCCUGCAUUCCAGCCCAUGGUUAGGAUAGCAAUGGCACAAGUGGUUGCUCAAUGCUGCCCGACAUUGACCCCGGCAGAUUUUGCACUGUGUUUUACCAAGUGGAGCUCAGGGUAUGAGGUCUGAUCAGGGAAUUGCUGCAAAUUGGCAUCCGGGCCCCAAUGCAACAUUCAGCAGCUCAACAUCCUUAAUUUUCUGGUGGUUUGACAUGCUGAUCAGCCAGUCCAUCUCACAUUGUCAUUAUUUAGGCUGGUAUGCAAUGCAAUUGCCAGUGAUCUACAGCUAUCAUUGCUUAUAAUUCAUAUCGUCAACAUUGCUAGAGAAUUCAGUGACUAGGUGAUCACUUGCAACCUUAAAAUCAUAAACAAGCUUCACAAAAUAAAGAUGCAAUUCAUCGGGAUAGCAGUUAUCAGACACCUUACUCCCCGCAAGUGACGUUAAAUCGGAACUGUUUGGUAACAUUUUACGUUUUUAGCCAUUGUUUGUAAUCGUGAUUCUUGUAUUUAACUGCAAAAUUAACUGCCUGGAUCAGUUGAUAGCUCUCUCUCCUUUGCGUUUAGAAGGUUGUGAGUUCAAAGCUCACUUUGGGACUUUGAGCUCAUAGUCCAGGCUGACACUCCAGUGCUGUAUUGUCGGCGGUUCCAUUCUUUGGAUGAAAUGUUAAACCACUGACUGGGCUGCCUGUUUGUGACAUUGUUUGAACAGAGAGGGGAGUUUCAUCUGGUCUCUUGGCUAACAAUUACUCAGAUAAAAUUGGUCAUUCACUUCAUGGCUAUUUGUGAGAUAUUGUUUGUGCAAAAUGGCUGCUGCGUUCACUUGCAAAAUACACGUUCUCUGCAUUUUAUGGAAAAUACUCUGAAGUGCUUUGAGACAAUAUGGUGACAUGAUGCGGCAUUAAACCGAAUGCAAGAACUAU